AUGAAGAACGGAAAUCUAAUCACAGCGGAGGCCCUGAAGGAGCAAGGCUUGACUUAUGUCUUCGGUAUCAUGGGGCACCCUGUGAUUGAUUUGGCUUUAACUAUGCAAUCCGUUGGUAUGCAGUACCUGGGUUUUAGAAACGAGCAGGCCGCCUGUUACGCCGCGCAAGCUUACGGAUAUUUAACGAGGAAACCUGCGGUGGUGUUGUGUGUCUCUGGUCCGGGAUUGCUGCACGUUAUUGGCGGUAUGGCAAACGCGCAAGUAAAUUGUUGGCCUGUGCUCGUACUAGGAGGAUCUUGUCCGGAGGAUCACGAGGGUAUCGGUGGGUUUCAGGAAUGGCCACAGGUCGAGGCAAGUAGACCGUACUGCAAAUACGCGGCAAGGCCGCCGUCAGCUGCACUCAUACCAUUACAUGUCGAAAAGGCCGUACGACUCGCCACUUAUGGUAGACCAGGCGCUGCAUAUCUCGACUUAUCUGCUACAUUAUUGAAGCAAAACGUGGAUGAAAGUAAGAUUGCUAAGGUUUUACCCUGUCCACCGGCACCUCUAUCGUAUCCCGAUGCGAAAUUAAUCGAGCGGGCAGCAAAUUUACUGAUAAAGGCGAAGAAACCUUUGGUGAUAGUCGGCAAAGGAGCUGCUUAUGGUCGAGCCGAAGAUCAAGUGAGAGAGCUUAUCUAUUCGACAGAUGUACCCUUUUUACCAACUCCGAUGGGAAAAGGCGUUGUACCGGAUACGGACGAGCGUUGCGUCUCUAGCGCGCGAACGUAUGCUUUGCAACAUUCCGAUGUCAUUUUAUUGUUAGGCGCGAGAUUAAAUUGGAUGUUGCAUUUUGGACGCCCACCCAGAUUUCAAAACGACGUUAAAGUUAUACAGAUCGAUUUGUGUGCCGAAGAAUUGCACAAUUCCGUGCCGUCUGCCGUCGCUAUACAAUCCGACAUUGCGCCCGCGACGGAAUAUCUGGCAAAUGCAUUGAGAAGUCGAAAAUGGCACGUCAACCGAAAUCAUCCGUGGUGGAAGGAGCUCGUAGCGAAAACCGAGCAGAAUAAACAAUCAGUUCACCAAAUGUCGAUGGAUACCAGUGUGCCUCUGAAUUAUUAUACCGUAUUCAAGCAUAUUCAAGAUGUCUUACCAAAAGACUGCAUUAUUUGUUCCGAGGGAGCUAAUACGAUGGACAUUGGACGAACUAUUCUUUUGAACAAUCUGCCUCGCCACAGACUAGAUGCCGGGACGUUCGGCACUAUGGGCGUAGGGCUUGGAUUUGCGAUCGCAGCUGCCCUUUAUUGUAAAGACAACGCACCAAAGAAGAGAGUGAUUUGCGUGGAAGGAGACAGUGCCUUCGGAUUCUCCGGCAUGGAGAUUGAAACUAUGUUUCGUUACAAACUACCCGUGAUUAUUAUAAUCGUCAAUAAUAACGGUAUAUAUGGUGGUUUCGAUCAAGAAACCUUCAAGCAGAUACAGGCGUCUGGAGAUCCUACGCAAGUGACACCUCCGUUUUCUUUAACAGCUAAUAUUCAUUAUGAGAAACUAAUGGAAAUGUUUGACAAGAAAGGAUAUUUUUGCACUACUGUGGAGGACAUUCAGCAGGCAUUAAAAUUAUCUUUCAAGGUGUUUGACGGUCCCAGUUUAAUAAAUAUCAUGAUUAAUCCGCAAGCAGAUAGAAAGACGCAACAAUUUAACUGGCUAACAGAAUCAAAAUUAUAGAUUUAUGUGGCAUAGGCAGCAAAAUGCUGUUAUUCCAAUGGUUCUUUUCUCAGAACUGUA